GUAACCACGGCUUACGUUUCGUUGCGUGCAUUUCUUCGAUUGGAUUUCCUCACAAAAAAAAUUGCACGGGAACGUAGGCAAAAGUUCUAUCCGCAAGCAAUACGGUUCUCGAAGUGUUUCGCGCCGCUAAAGUGGACCGCACAUCAAACCACACACGGUCCGGGACAGUUUGCGUGUACGUCCGCACCCAGUGCCUGCUGCCAGACCAAAACGGCUGCAGCCCCAGGGUUUUCCACAGAAAUUUUCGUCCCGCAUCGUCUUCCGCGGCCCGCUCGCCCGUCUCCCGCGCCCAGCAGUUCCAGUAGCCGAGAAAAGAUUGGAUAAGCGCAACAAAGACCAUUCCAAUCGAAACUGCAUCAAGCCGUCCUACUCGGGCUUACACGCGCUGUACGACCACCACCUCCCCAAUUCCUUCGCUGACCGCAGAGUGCCUCGUGACUAAUACCUACGGGGAUUGGGAAAAGGGUCACCGUGCAAGUGGUCUCUGACCGAAAGUUCCUGAUCGUCUCCGCUCGACACAGUGAAGUCUUUACGAUUCCAUUUCGUGUCACACGGCGAAGGAACGGAAAAUUGCCAUCGAAUAGAUCAAAUCCAAAGUAAGCUGGCCACAACAUCUCGUCCCUAGUGCGUACCGUAGUGCGCACACGAACGUGUGUGCGAUGGGAUCAAUGUUUUUGUUUUGAUUAUUAAAUGCGGCUGGUUUAAGGGCAAGAUAGGAAUCCAGGAAUGCAUUUGCAACAGUUCCAAUAGUUUCCGGGGGGUUGCUCCAGUGGGGGGACACGACGCAAGUUGGAGCAGACAGUGAGUGUGUGUGUGUGUUUGUGUGUAAUUGUAGGUGGUCGAUCGAUCGGUGUUGGCAACAUUUGUUUGAACCAGCAACAGAGAAUCAAAACGAUUCUUUCCUGUAAUUGUAAUACGUGAUUUCCGGUCCGGAUUGUUGGGUUGCGGUCCCAUCUGGACUAAAUCUGGGGUAAGCGAUGAGUUCUCACCGUCCGCUACCGCACGGUCAUGGUUCGACAGUGCAACCUGCAACAAUGAUCGAGCGUAGCGGCGGUGUUAGUGUGGUGGUAAACCCCCGGUUCGAGGCCGACAAGCAAGCUUGGGAGGAUGCGAUCCGGGGGUACAACGGAAACGAUCCUCUCGAUCUGUGGUUCAACUACAUCACCUGGUACGAGCAGAACCGAUCAUUCGAUCGGAUGAAUAAUUUGCGCUCGAUCGUGGAAAAGUGUCUGUUGCUUUAUCAGGACACGGAGGGUUACAAGCAGGACACACGUUUGAUUAAAAUAUGGAUGAAAUACACCAACAUGCAACAAUCGCCCGCCAGCUUCUACCAAAUGAUGUACAAGAAAAACAUUGGCACGCAGUGCGCCAGCUUCUACAUCGGCUGGGCCGACAGUGCUUACAAGCAGGCCGAAUCGAUCUACAAUCUUGGCAUACAGAUGAAGGCACAGCCGAUCGAAGAGCUGCACGAAGCGCAACGUAACUAUCGUCUGUACAAUGAAUCGCUUGCGAAGAAACGCUCCGCCAGUACGAUGGUAGAUCAGCAGCAGCAGCAGCAAAUUGGAUCGCAAAGUCCACCACAGAAGCGACUGAAACAGGAACCAAGCUACCCGCUGCAGGCGGCAGCAUCGUCUCAUUCGCACGGCACAAAUGGAGGAGUCAUCACAGAAGGACCGAAUGGGACGCCUGCCUUGGGAACGUAUGGAAACCAACAGCAGCAGCAGCAACAGCACGGUUACUAUCAUCAACAGAAGCCUCCUGUACAGCCGGAAAGCUAUUACCUGCCGGAAGAUCCACCCAAUGGUACUUACUACACUAGCAACGGGCAGGAAGAACCGUAUCAGCCAGCCAAUUCGUACCCAACCGGUGAACCUGACACAUCUCCAGUACCUGCCUCCACUUCUGCCCAAACCCACCAUCCAGCCGGUCAGCAUCAGGCUUCCAACGAAGAAAGUUUCCGUGGUGCUUCGUCAAACGGUGGACAGGAAGUAAACGAACAACAGCCACCAGCAGACCAGAAUCGAACGGAGGUCGAAUCUACGGCGAUAGAAUAUCGACCCAGGGAUGAAAGCAUUAUCGAAUGUAACCUUAACAAUUCAGCGUACGUGAUUUCUUCCUCCCUGAGCUACGUGUAUGAUGAUCCUGAUCUCGUGCAGUAUGCAGUCGCGGAAGAGGUCCGUCCCGUACCGGAAGCUACCGAACCAUCGGUACCACCGGUGGCAAACGAUGCUGCGUACGAUAGUGAUGCAAUCUGCUUGCCGGCAAACUUUGUGCGUGAAGCGAAAUCUAACCACGAAACCUGGGACGUCCCGUUGUGCCUGGAAGAACCGUACGAUCCGAACCGGCGGUGCUGCUAUCCGAAACAUUUGGUCUACCCGGAUCUGCAUGCCGAACGGCCGACGAUGGAAUUUUCACUGGAAGAGAUUCGUGCCCAGCGGUGGCUCGAUCGUAAACGUCAGCAGGAGCAACAGUUGCGGCAGCAGCAGCAACAGCAGCAGCAAGAAGAGGAGGAAGCACAAAGACAAGCAAAGCUAGCCCAACUGGAGAAGGAAAAACAGAUGCGGCAGAUGCAGCAAAUGAAAUAUCAGCAGCAGCAACAGCAGCAACAGCAGCAACAGCAGCAACAACAACAGCAGCAGCAACAGCAACAGCAACAACAGCAGCAGCAACGGUUGUAUCCUUCUCAGCAAUAUGCAAAUGCCGCUGGACAUGUGCCGAUUGGUAAUGCACCAGCAAUGCAAACACAGCCGAACAGCUACCAUUCGCAUCAGAUGCGACAGGGUUCGAUACAGCAUACGAGCAACUACUAUCAUCAGCAGCAGCAGCAACCUUACCAUGGUUACAGCAAUGGUUACCCGGCAACAAGUGCACAGAUGCAGCCACAUCAUAGCUACCAGCAAACGAGUGCGACGGUGAUACAGAACCAUAACCAUCAUCCGCAUCAUCAUCAUCCUCAUCAUGCGCCGCAGCAACAUCAUCAUGGUGCCGGUUCACAUCAUCCCCAUCACUCACCAGUGCCAACUACUCACAUGCAUUCUCCAACUGCUGCACCGGUACAGCCGUACGGGCAGCAUGCGCAACCUCAGUAUGCGCAGCUUAACCAUGGUCAUCAUCAUUCACCGCAACCUUAUCAUCAGCAUCCGCAGCAACAUCAUGUACCGUAUGAGAGUUACAAUCACAAUAGCUAUCCUGCGACACCACAACCACAGCCACCACCACAACAGCCAACGCCACAGCAGGAAACAACUCCCCAACGGACGUACCAAAACAUGACGAAUGUUCUAUCGCCGUAUGGGUAUAACAGUCCGGUCGGGCAUCUUUCCGCACAGGAAGCGAUUGUACCACGGCCCAGCGCUCACUAUGCAAUGGCACCGCAAACGCCACCAAAUCAUUCAGUUUACCCGCAAUCUCCCGUACAUCAACAUCCGCACCACACUCAUCAACAUCAUCCACCGUCGCAUCCACCGAUGGGUAUGGGUGGUGUGUCAAUGCAGCCACAUUCUACACGGCCACAUUCAGUACUGCCACAGCAUCAUCAGCAACAAUCGCCACAUCAGGAGCAGGCACAUCAUCCUUCGCAUCAUUACACACCGGUGCAGUACAAUGCGAACGAGCAGCCACAAACGAAACCAUACACUGUACCGGUCGCUAGCGGAUACGUUCAGCCACAUGGUGCAAUUGUGCAGGAUUCUGCUAAAGUUAAUUCGGCACCACACAGCUACAAGCACGGUACAGCUGUAGCAUCGGAACUGCACGAACCACAGCCGGUGAACGGUAUGGUGAGCGGUGGAUCCUUCGUCAAUGCACAAGGGCACAUGCACUUGCAGCAGCAGCAACAGCAACAGCAGCAGCACCAGGACACUCAGCAUCCGCAACAGCUGCAGAACCAGCACACCAUCAACAAUAACCAUGGCAAGUACAACGCAAACUGUGAUGAUUUCGAGGAACAAAUCGAAGCGUCGACGAUACGCUUUUCCACACCGGCAGAGAACGGUACCAGCCGCAAGCAGACGAUCACGAUCAAGUUUAAGAAGGAGAAAACGGGCCUCUCAUCGUCGCUCUCGGGUGUGGAUUCACCCUCACCGACAGGGGCGGGCGAUGGUCCGGCCCAUUCCGGUGGCAUCCUCCCAGCCGAAGAGCCGAUCGUGCAGCAACCAAUCCCCGGACCGGUGGAGGAAAAACUGAAAAAGCACAAAAAACACACUAAAGCACGACCGGAGUCGGGCUUAAUGCGAACCAGUGGUGGCACGAUCGGUGAAGCGGGAACAGAUGGACCACCGACGGGUACUAAAGGGAAAUCCACAUCCAAAGCAAAACACUCCAAAAAGAAGCAAUCGUUGGCGGUGGCCGAACAGCAGGAUCAUAUGCACGAUGCGAAUCUGCUGCUAUCCUUCUCACGGACGGAAAAGGAUGAAGAUUCGUGUCUGUCGGUACAGUCCCAAACGGACGCAUCUUCCGUUGGGUCGAAAAAGAAGAAAAAAUCCAAACGUUCCAAAUCGACCAGUAAGGAAAAGCGACCAAAGCAUCAUCGGUACGAUCUGGAUGAGAAUUGUCGUGCGCAGGAGGAAGAUGAUGAAGACGAUGAUGAAGAGGACGUACGGGUGGUACGGAACGGUGUACGUCGGGGUCGUAUUUUGGACGAUGAAUAUUCCGAAGCAACCGUCGGUGAUUAUGGUGCGGAUGGGGAUGAGGAGGAGGAUGACGACGGUGUACAGGAUAAGUACUACGAGGUCGAAGAGGAGGAAGAAGACGACCAGGAGAAUGGUUUGGAAGACGAUGAGGAGGAGGAGGAGGACGAGGACGAUGAGGAAGAGUAUUACGGUGAGGAGGAAACAAGCCGCGAGACGACCCGACGGCGACCAAUCGGUGGUGGUCGGGCCGAAGGGAAACGUACCAUUCGACCGGAUGAGGACGAUUCAUCGUAUCAAUCGAACUCGGAAUUUAAUACGUCCUUUAGCAACAUUACCUUCGCCGGUGAUAAUAGUAAUGGACCGUUCCAUUACGGCGGUGGUAGCAACUGUUCGACACCGGUUCGGCGCACGCAAACGUCCGUUGGUGGUGGAUUCUCGAAAACUUCCACCCCGGUCGGUACGUUCCGUUACCUUCGGAAGCAGGAAACGAAUCUGUCCAAUCUUGGGCAGAAUGAAGACUCGAUGAAUUCGACGGUGGUCGAGAGCAGCUUUUUCCAGGCAGGCGAACACGACGAGGAAGCCCGCCGGCGCCGUCUCGAGAAGGCACUCGGUACGAUCGAAACGCAUCUGGGCCGAUCGUUUGUCGAUCCGUUCAAUGGUGAGCUGUGCCGAGCGUUUCUGACGAAGGUGGACUUUCCGUCGCGCAACCGGGACCCGGCCGAUAACUAUCAUCUGUCCAACGCAAACCUGCCGAAGCUGUUGAAAGGUCAGACGACAAAUCUCGGUGGGACCGGGUACAGCAUCGAGAAGGAAGUUGGCCGUGGUUCGUACGGUUCGGUGUUCCGUGCGGUCAACACACAGACUGGAGCCGUGGUGGCGAUCAAGUAUCAGAAGCCGGCCAACACGUGGGAGCUAUACAUCUGUACGGAGGUGAAAAAACGACUGACUAAUCUUAAGAUGUUGCCCGGCUUCAUGGAUAUCAGUGCGGCUGUAAUUGCACCGAACGCUAGUGUACUCGUGUCCGAAUUUUCGCAGUACGGUUCCCUGCUUGAUAUUAACAAUAAAAUUCGUACCGCGGCCACAAGAAAGGUGAUGCAUGAAUCUCUCGUGAUGCACUUCAGCUGUCAGAUACUUUCCAUCGUAGAGUAUCUGCACGCCUGUAACAUCAUCCACGCGGACAUCAAGCCGGAUAACUUUCUGCUGAUGAAAAUACCGUCUCGCGAUUUGGAGGAGCCUACAUUACGUUUGAUCGAUUUUGGCUGUGCCAUCGAUAUGAACUUUUUCGAACCAAAGAGCCAGUUUAAAAAGGUUAUUCAAACGGACGGUUUCACGUGCAUUGAAAUGCAGGAAGGACGCCCAUGGUCCUACCAGACCGAUCUCUUUUGUGUGGCCGGUACGAUCCAUGUAAUGCUGUUCGGCGAGUACAUGCAGCUGGUAAAGAAGUACGAAAGCGGUUGGGACAUCAAGCAGAAGCUGCCCAGGUAUCUGAAAAAGCACGUCUGGACGGAAGUGUUCCAGAAGCUGCUAAACAUUAAGGACAUCGACCACAUGCCUAGUCUGCCCGAUCUCCGACGGCUGAUCAACGAGGAAGCGUACAAGAUGGACUCCGAGCUAGCGACGCACAUUCGUUCGCUGUCGAAUCUGCUGAAAAGUCGAUAGAGCUGGCACGUACUUCGUUCCCACGUGCUCGUGUUUGUUAGCUGUUUGUUAUCGAUAUUGAUGUGCAGAUGGAGGUAGGGGAGGGGUCUGCUGCUACCGUUUGUUGUGUGAGUUUGUCGUGCACCGAGGAAUUUUUCUUUUUCUUUUUGUGGGUACUUGUUCAUGGCAAGGAAGUAUUAGUAAGCUUAUAUACCUUUGUAAAUUGUUAAUAGUAGUCGGUUAAGGACUUCUUCCAUCCAGCGCAACCGAAUCGCGAGAGUGGCUGAACAUGGAUAAAUGGAGGCAUAACAGGGGCGUUAAAGUAUAUUCCAAAGAUUAAUUUGAAUUAUUGUUGUACAUUAUCCUUUCCUUUAGCUUGUUAAUUUUCCCCUGUCUAAUGUAUGGGUUUUUUUGCGCAUAACGUAUAGAUGCGUUUAAUUGUAGAUAAACUGUGUCCGAACUGCUAACUUACUGCAGCAGAUCGGUUUAUUUAUCAUUAGUUCAUUAAAUGCAAUCCAAAUUAACGAUUCGAGAUGCGUACGAGAUUUGCUGUAUACCUUAGCAAAAUUAUUUCAAUUCACCUUUCUCCUUUAUGGCGUCCUAGUCCACAAUAUAUUCCUUCAAUUUGUGGUAUAAAGAUUAUGGUUUGUGGUGGUUGUUAUCAAAAAAAACACCAUCCACACAAUCAAUUUACCAUUCUUAGUAAAACAUUAGUUCGCGUUUAAUAUUCGUUCUCGAUUGUAAAUAAUUUAUGCAAAAACAGACUGGCGGAAGCAGCACUAGAAUCAGUAGUAGUAGUAGUAGUAGUAGUAAUAAUAGUAAUAGGGAUAGUACGAAGUAGUAGGGCCGGAAGUUAUUGGUGUAGUGUACCGAAACAAGGUGAAAAGGGGCAGAACAUAAGCGCCUAGACUGAACGUGUAUACACACAUCGUUGCCAUCGUUUGCUGCAGGCUGCAAGUUCCGAUCUAACCUGCGGCGAUCACCGUCAUAUACCUGCCGCGCCAUCUUGUUGCAAAUGGAGCAACUGUUUGGCAAGAUUACUGACUGACUUUCACAGAACAGAGCGUGGCGCAUUCAAGCGCACUACUGUAUAAAUGUGCGUACGUGUGCCGUGUGUAUGUGUGUCGGAUUGUUUUCUUUUUUGUUUUGUGUGUAAACCUGAAUGUACAUGUCACGUGGUUCGGUAACGGCAGGCGCAAAUAAGGAAAAGGGGCGUUACUGUAUACUACUACUAGCUGGUUAAUGAUAACGCUCAUAAGGAAAAGCCGCAGUAAGGAUACAUAUAUUAGGUUUGAAACAAAACGAGUGAUAAUGUUGCAAAGUAGCUAAAGGGAGCAUAAACAAAGCCACUAAGAGAGAAGGUAGAAGAGGGAAAGAGAGAGAGAGAGAGAGAGAGAGAGAGAGAGAGAGAGAGAGAG